AAAAAAAAAAAAUGUAGUUAGUCACUUUACUAAAUCGUACUUCCCGGUUACACACACACACACACACACACAUAUACAUACAUACAUACACCGUCUUCUUCUAAGUCCAGGCACAUCGACUGAACUCUACUCAACAGGGGCAUGGAGGGGCACAGUUCAGGACUCACAAGGAAAAGAAGAAGAGAGGGACCAAACGGAGACACGGACAAGGAGGAACGAGGUGGAAAAAUCCCACGAAGGACUUCGAUCCUGACAGAACCUGCACCCUUCUCUGAUCAGCUGGAGACUAUGUCCACUCCAUACACUCGUGUGAGCCUAGAGGAAGCCCGUUGUGGCACACCAGUGGGCCGUGCAGUGCGCGUGUAUGCUGAUGGGAUUUUUGACAUGUUUCAUUCUGGACACGCCCGAGCUCUGAUGCAGGCUAAAUGUCUUUUUCCAAACACUCAUCUCAUCGUAGGCGUAUGCAGCGACGCUUUAACGCACAAGCUUAAGGGCUUUACUGUUAUGAACGAGGACGAGCGUUACGAUGCAGUGAGUCACUGUCGCUACGUGGACGAGGUGGUCAGGGAUGCCCCAUGGACGCUAACACCAGAGUUCCUGACCAAACACAGAAUUGAUUUUGUUGCCCAUGACGACAUCCCGUACGUUUCAGACGAGAGCGAUGAUGUUUACAAGCACAUAAAGGAGGCCGGCAUGUUCGCACCCACACAAAGGACAGAGGGCAUCUCCACCUCUGACAUCAUCACACGCAUCGUCCGUGAUUACGAUCUUUAUGUGCGACGCAAUCUGCAGAGAGGCUACACUGCCAAGGAGCUUAAUGUCAGCUUCAUUAAUGAAAAGAAGUAUCACCUUCAGGAGCAUGUGGAUAAGGUGAAGCAGAAGGUACGGAACGUGGAGGAGAAAAGUAAAGAGUUUGUGCAGAGGGUGGAGGAGAAGAGCAUCGACCUUAUCCAGAAGUGGGAGGAGAAAUCACGCGAGUUUAUUGGCAACUUCCUGCAGAUGUUUGGGCCAGACGGGGCACUGAAGCACAUGCUGAAGGAAGGGAAAGGACGGAUGCUGCAGGCUAUCAGCCCCAGACAAAGCCCCAACAGCAGCCCCUCACGGGAAGAGCGCUCUCCUUCUCCUACCUUCCGUCUUCCUUUCUUCACCAAGACCCCUCCGUCCUGCUCACCUCCUCACUACAUCGACACACACCGCAUCAGUGAGGACGACGAGGACUAGAGGGCCUCAGGAUUGUAUUCGGGUUUUUAAAUUCCAGACGACAGUGUCCAAUUGACUGUUGAUUGGGAGUCCUAAACUGUAACACGGCUUUAAGUUAAUCUAGUGUAGGAGUCUGACGAGGACUCCAGCACCGGGCUGCAUUAAUUACUGUAUGAAGGGCCAGAUAGAGCUCCAGGAAACAAAUUAUUCUCAGAUUUAAUCAGUAUUUGUUUGCAUCUUUUAUACACAUUUGAUUUGUGCACACGUUCUUAAGUCCAGUAUGACUCACCGCACACUACUGUGACUCUGUGUUACUGUCACAUCACACAUUGGACCAUUGAACCACCUUUUUAGUUCUUUACAUUCCAAUUGUUCAAAUGUAAAAAUGCACGCGCACAUGCACCUCUUAAAACGAACAACGAACAGAUUAGACAAAAAUUAAAUGUACCUCUCAGCCAAGUCCUGUUUGGUGGGUAAAGUUUGCUUCUUUAGUUUUAUACAGGUGUAAAAAGCUUACUAACGAGUAAGGAAAGCUUAUAGCUACCAGUUUAACAGAAACCACAUAAGCAAGUUUAUAUGAAAUGACUUUAUGCAAGUGUAUCAUUUUUGCAUAUAGCUUGUACAAAGCUGUUUAUGUACAAACAGUAUCACGAAGUCUAUUGAUGCGAUAUAUGCAUAUUCAGAUAUGAAGUUUGCAAAAUACUAAACUGGUAGCUAUAAGCAUCUCAUGCUUGUGAGCUACAUUCUGUGCAAAACUAAAACAAACAGAUGUCUUGGCUGAACAAUUACAUCUGAGGUGAGAGGAAGUGUGUGGAAAUCUUUUUUUUUUUUGGCCAAAUUGUUCCUUUAAAACUUAUUACAUUCCCUUCUGUCCCAACAUAAACCACACGUAGGCUAGAAAACACUGGAUUUACUGCCAUAAUGGAAAACUGAACAGAAUUAUUUUACCGUGAGGGCGAAAGUCAUAGUACGUGUGUUCAAGGCCAAGUGACUAUUUUUAAAUAUCCUAAUUUUAGUAUUCGGUCAUGUUUGCUUAAUAAUCACUGUCUUUAAUUUCUAAUCUGUCACAAUAAAUGAAAGUCUUAUUCCUUUUGA